GUGAAUAGCCUUGUACCAUGUGACCUCUGUGAUCAUUCACAGAUUUCACUAGUAGUAAGCAAUGUCAGAAGUGACAUUUUGCUUAUUACUAUUCAUGUGAUCACUGAUUGGCCAAUCAGUGAUCACAUGACAAUUGUAAACCAUGAAUGGCUUCCUUUCAUUGCUUACAACUGUGCUGCAAGCUGUGAUUGGUCAGUGAUCACAUGUACAGACUGGGCCAAAUCACAGCCUAUCUGUAGCAUGUGAUCAGCAAUAGCCAAUCACAGCUGA